AUGACCAGUGACCCUGACGGCCCGAGUGACCAGGGGGUGGAUGAGGGGGCCCCCGUUGACGGCGGGAAGAUGACCUGCGAGGGGGAGGUGAUUGACGUCGUGGAGGGGGCCGGGAAGGAAGACGUCGUGGAGGGGCCCGGGAAGGAAGACGUCGUGGAGGGGGCCGGGAAGGAAGACGUCGUGGAGGGGGCCGGGAAGGAAGACGUCGUGGAGGGGGCCGGGAAGGAAGACGUCGUGGAGGGGACCGGGAAGGAAGACGUCGAGAUGACUGAUGUCUCGGACGAAAAGGCUGAUCUUGCGGACGACGAGGAUAAUCACGAGCGGGGGGUUCUACGUCUCGUGGGCGGCGGGACCGAGAUCGACGAGGAGGUCCCUGAGCUUCCCCAUAAUGGUUAUGGGUGUGUCUAUGAGUGUGGUCAUCAUAAUGAAUAUGACGGUGAUACUCGAAAAAGUGCGGUUGGAAAGCCACGUCUGGGCCCCUCCUGCCCUGGUUGUCCCUCUGCCGGUCUUCUCUCCGGUCGGCCAUGGCUUGGGUGUUCAGCGGAAAGCGAAGCUUAUGCAGCUGUGUCAACUAAGCGAGAGAUGAUCGAAUGGAACCUCCUAGCUCUGUGA